GCAACUGCUUGGAUUCAAAUUCAUAGGGGUAUUUGCUUGAGCACCCGUGUAGUAAAUUGUUUCUACGAAGACAAAUCUACAGCACUCCAGCCUAUCUGCCCAACCCCCAUUAUUCCAUCACCUAUUCAGCCAAUCACCAGCAAAAGAAAGGAACGCGAAAAUGGUAUACACAAUCGUAGUCCACCUCCGCGCCAAGCCGGGCAAGGAGAACAUCGCCAAGGUCCACGCGAAGCUCAACGAGGCGUCGGCCAUCUACUCGAAGGACAAGGAGACCAUCUCAUGGUUCGUGAUGCAGAGCGUGCACGACCCGCAGGACUUCACCAUCGUCGAGCGCUACGAGAACGAAGGGAGCCAGAAGUACCACCUCGAGAACCCCUACUGGAAGACCUUCGACCCCUUCGUCGUGCCGCUGCUCGAGAAGCCCAUGGACCUGCGGCGCUUCGAGGAGCUGGUGCCUGUCGAGGGCGAGGAGGCUUUGUUGAAGUAAGAUACUUUUCAAAGGUUUACCGGGUCUAAAGUGUCAUUGGGGUUGUCCUACGGCGUCGGCGACGGGUCAUUUCUCGGGGAAGAUGUGAGAUGUGGGUUGGUCGAUGGGUAGCGCUGAGAUGGACGAGAGUGGAUGCGGGAUUGUGUAGCGCUUUAGAUCAGUGGGAUAUCUACCCGCUUUACUAGGACCUCGAUCGAUCCAGACUUCGAUCCCCGUUACUCAACAAUUUACUUCGUAACGUGAAUGGCCCCGGCGUUGCAUUGGUAGGGCUUUUUAUGUACAUAGUAGGGAUCCAGGGCACCGGUUCUACCUAGGACUUAAACCGCGGCGGAGCGCGCUAAUUUGUGUGACGCGUGGUCAUGUCCACUGUUUUGUU